GCGAUGGUGGUGGACAGGUCUGUCUUCGCGAUACUCGGAUGGCUUUUGGACCCCUUGCUCAACGUAGUAAACAAGGCAUCGUCCAAAUGUACUCUACCAAGCUAUCUAAGAAGACCUUCCUAAGUAAUCCUGAGAGCAGUAGUAUCGCAUUUGAUCGCGAUGGGACUAGACUAUGUGUCACAAUGCUUCAUUUCUUCCCAACUGUAUAUUCAGUAUCUGAUCCUAAUCCUAUCGCUGUAUGCAAUGGGCGGAACAAACCGGAUGGAACACCAGUUCUCCCUGGGCAGCGGACAUACUCUAAUUCGUGUACAAUGAAGGUAAUCUCUUUAAAGCUUGAUAUCUAAAUUUUUCUUCACAGCUAUUUCAGUCGGGAUCUUUUGGCGGCCCGGCUCUCUUGGAAGACGAGCUCUAUUCAGCCGGGUCUGAUGAUUUCCGCGGAUAUGUCUGGAGGAUUCCAAGUAUCGCGUGCCUCACUGCUCGCAGGAAAGAGAUUAAAAAUGAAGAUUGGUGUACCCAAGAGUGGCCGAAUAUUGUAGGUGCGUGUGAUUCACAAUCUGAAAUAUGUACUGUCGUUAUGCUAGACCCUCAGCUUUUGCUGAAAGUCAAUCGGCCACUCGAUAUAUACCAACGGAACUUUCAACUCCUCUGUUUUGUCUCAAUGGUAAGCCAUAUUACCUCAUUACUGUUGAAGGUGCUUCCUGUCAUGCGAUCACAGGGCAUAAAUCAAUAAUCAACUCUGCCGUGAUUCAUCCGUCUCUCUUGUAUAUUGCUACCUCGGGGGUAGAGCGCCAUGUCACUCUGCAUAGUCCAGUGUCAAAUGCCCCAAGCUCCAAAAAUUUACCCUUAACUACACCUACUGUUCGAGAUCUCCAAGAAUCCAGUGCCGAAGACUACAGAGUUUUCAUCAGGGCGUUGGCUGGUCUUCAGCCUACACUACACGAAGACAUUAAUGAUUCUGAAGACGAAAUUGAAACGAUCUCCCUAUUUGAUCAUAUUCUGCGCCAGGAAGGAGAAGCAGACGUUUUUACCAUGCGCCCAUGGGUGGGGAAUGACGAUUCAGAGAGUGAAUCGGGCUCGGACUCGGACGAUCCUAGGGACUUCUUUCAUGAAAGCGGCGGCGAUCAAUAGAAUGGUAAUAUUGGCUACUGAAUACUGCCACUUGGCGUCUUGAAUGUAUCGAGAUGACGCGUUUUUUCAAUCGACAAUUUUUAGAGACCCCAUCUUUCGCAAAUGCGGUGUACACCGCAUUUCAUUUCAAUGCGCCAUGACCACGUGACUUCACUUCACUGAUGCCUGCAACUACUAACGCUGUAGCAGUGCAACCAACACUUUCCCAGCUACCUGGACAAUACACAAACUAUCUGACGCUUCUUUAAUGGCGCUUUUAACUCGAGGCACGACUUAUGACAUUAAGGACUCGAAUAUUGCACUGCUGGGUUCCGAUCUAGAAAAACACGUGCGUGAACAUGCCGGCGACAAGGAAAACGCAUGGCAGGGAGUAGGACAUACACAAGGUUUGAAGAUCUGGAGAAUCGAGCAUUUCACUGUUGUAGAUUGGCCAAAGGAGCGCACAGGAUCAUUCUAUGAUGGAGACUCUUAUAUUGUUUUACACACAUACAAGGCAGAUCCUGAGUCCGAGACGCUGUCAUAUGAUCUGCAUUUUUGGCUAGGCGAGAGUACAAGUCAAGAUGAGGCCGGGACGGCAGCCUAUAAAACGGUUGAACUCGAUGAUCACUUGGGAGGCGUUCCUGUUCAAUAUCGGGAAGUUCAGGGAUACGAAUCUCCCCGCUUCCUAUCUUACUUCCCCCAUUUUGUCUGCUUACACGGCGGCGUCUCUACUGGGUUUCAUCACGUAUCCGCACCCCCGGAAGUCACCAAGUUGUAUAGGAUCAGCAUAUCGCAUGCCACUGCGAGGUCUCACCUGCUCGUGCGGGAAGUGCCAGUGGGAAGCGCGCACCUCAUCCAAGGGAGCGUGUACGUGUUGGACAAAGGCGAAGAGCUGUGGCAGUUCAAUUCGAAGACCGGCACGGGCCAAGAGAAAUUCAGAGCAGCCGAAUAUGUACAGAACUUGUCCGACCAAAGAGAGGGUCGCUGCGAGGUCACCGUGUUUGACGAAGGAGAAUCGGGGGCGGGAGCCUUCCUUUCUGAACUUGGAGCAGAGAGCGUGCUGCCUCCAGCAAGCGAUACUGCAUCCGAGCUUGCGCCAUCUCUCUAUCGUUUGGUCGAAUCAGACGGAGCUGUAGGUUUCGAAGACGUUGCCUUGAGCACCUCCUCCCUCCGUUCCGAUGGCGUUUAUUUCUUGGACGAUGACGCCAGCAACACCCACGCCGCCAUAUACGCAUGGGUGGGCAAAGAGACGGCCUCGAGGCAAAAGCAGCUCGCGACUCAAUAUGCUCAGACAUACCUCUACGAAAAGCAGGCCAGAGAAGGGGAACGUGUAAAAGUAGCGGUCAGCAUCGUCAAGCUGAACGAAGGAAGAGAGCCGGAAGCCUUUUUGAAGCUCUUGCAGGCCUGAUCGGUCUCGGGCCCCCCUGUACCAAUAUUGAAAUGUAUCUGAAUGUGGUGGAAUUGCCAUGAACUAAAUUGGCAUUUUUGCACUU